GAGAAAGAGAGAAGAAGAAAAUGUCAGUGUGCUGAGAAGAAUAUGCCGUCGUCUCCGAGUGAAAAUUCGCAGUAAAAAUAGUCAAUAUUUGUUUAAUAUUAACGAAUUUAGUAUUGAUUUUAGUGAAAAAGUGAUGUCCUAGUGCUAAUGAAACAAUUGCGACAAUAAAAUAACAAUAUGUCUGUAGGAGUUCAACCAUAAUACUGUAUGUGUGUUUUUACUACACAAACUUUCUUGUACAGUUGUGAGAAAGUCGAAAGAGUAAUAAGCGUAUUGGUGACGAAAUUGGCGGUAUGGAAUCUCACAAGAAAGGAUCAUCUCUCGAGCACAAUCGGUUUGGGCAGCUUGAAGCUCUGAUUCUGGGCAAUGGUCAUGUAUCGAAGAAAGCACUUAGUGGCAAUGGGGAACAGAUACCGGAACAGAUUGCUACAAAUGGCGCCAAGGAAAGCACAAAUGGGAUAUCCGUUGAGACACUUUUAGAUUGUCUCCUGGCGCUCUAUGAUGAGUGCUGCAAUUCGUCUCUGCGACGCGAAAAGACUGUAUCGGAUUUCAUAGAACUAGUCAAACCAGUUGUCCAGGUCAUUAAGCAACUUCGAUUGUGUCGGGAGGAUUUUGAGAUACUCAAAGUGAUUGGCCGAGGCGCUUUUGGUGAGGUUUGUGUCGUCAGAAUGAUCACCUCCAAUCAGAUUUUCGCCAUGAAGAUUCUCAACAAAUGGGAAAUGCUCAAAAGAGCCGAGACGGCGUGCUUCAAGGAGGAACGUGAUGUUCUUGUAUAUGGCGAUAGGAGGUGGAUUACAAAUCUCCACUAUGCCUUUCAGGAUGAGACUAAUUUAUACCUCGUGAUGGAUUACUAUUGUGGUGGUGAUUUAUUGACGUUACUCAGUAAAUUUGAGGAUCGUCUUCCGGAAGACAUGACGAGAUUCUAUAUAGCCGAAAUGGUACUGGCUAUAUCCAGUAUUCAUGAGAUCAAGUACAUUCAUAGAGAUGUAAAGCCAGACAAUCUCGUGCUGGAUGCGAGUGGACAUAUACGUCUGGCGGAUUUUGGAUCGUGCUUGAAAUUAGGUGUUGGUGGUACAGUGCAAUCAAAUGUAGCAGUAGGAACACCAGAUUAUAUCUCGCCGGAAAUUCUGCGUGCAAUGGAAGAUGGUCAGGGUAGAUAUGGACCGGAGUGUGAUUGGUGGUCUCUGGGGGUGUGUAUGUACGAGAUGUUGUACGGUGAAACACCAUUUUAUGCUGAGAGUCUUGUUGAGACUUAUGGGAAAAUUAUGAAUCACAAAAAUUGUUUCAAUUUUCCUACCGAAGAUGCAAGUGGGGUGAUUGUAAGUGAAAAUGCAAAAGAUCUCAUAAGACGACUCAUUUGUGCUCCGGAAUAUCGUUUGGGUCAGAAUGGUAUUGAGGAUUUUAAGAAACAUGCAUGGUUUGAGGGAAUUGAUUGGGAGACACUGCGUGAGGGACAGGCUCCUUAUAUACCUGAAGUAUCUAGUCCAACAGACACGUCCAAUUUUGAUGUAGAUGACACAGAUAUUCGGUUGUCGGAUGUUCUGCCGCCCAUCUCGAAUCCCGCCUUCAGUGGCCACCACUUACCCUUCAUCGGUUUCACUUAUACUGAAGACUGCCGAUUGUCCGAUCUCUCUGGCUGUCUCUAUGAGAUUUGCACCACUGACGGCGUACUGGCGCAUCAGAUUCAAGCUGUGGCCAAAGCUGUGGUGUCUCCUGAAGAGAAACGUCUCAGUCCGGACAGUACACGGAGAUUGCAGGAUGAGAUUAAUGUGUUGACGAAGAGAAAUUGUGAGCUUGAGAGUCAAGUGAAGUCUUUUGAGCAGCAACAGGGACGUCAAUCUGAUGAUAUCAUUAAUGAUCAAUUUGCUGGACGUGUGAAGGAAUUGGAAAAGAAAUUGCGAGCACUGAAACAAGAACGAGAUGAUCUCAAUAAGGACAAAUUGGAUGCACUAGAUCGGCUAAGAAUUCAAGAUAAGGAACUGCAAGAUGCAAUUGGUCAGCGAAAGAUUGCCAUGAAGGAAUAUACCGAAGUUACAGAUAAAUUGUCAGAUUUGAGGAGUCAAAAGCAAAAACUGAGUCGUCAAGUGAGAGACAAGGAAGAAGAACUCGAUACGGCCAUGCAGAAAAUUGACAAUCUUCGAAAUGAUUUGAGAAAAAUGGACAAAACCAGGAGAGAAUUGGAAUCGAGGGUGGAAAAUACUCUUGGAGAUAUUGCUCAGGAGAGAAAAUUACGUGAACGUUCAGAAGAAUUCUGUCGUCAGCUUCAAGCUGAAGCAAAAGCACGUAGUACUUCGGAUUUUGGAUCAUCAUCAUCACUAGGACUCACUUCGGAUAGUUUCCGAUUGGAGUUGGAACGACUGGAAGUACACUACACGGAGAAGCUCAAUCAGCAACAAUCGCGACAUAACAUCGAACUUUCGUCUCUACGAGAGCAACUCAAUGAAGCUGAAUUGCUGGUCAAUGUUCUGCAGCGAGAGUUGCAGCAGGCACGUGAGAAAGUAGAUGCCACACGUCUGGAAUCACUCACGGACAGUGAAGAAAUUAUGACAGAGAUGAAGAAAUGCCAUGAGCAUGAGAAGAAGGUCCUACAAGAUGACAAUAGGAAAUUACUGUCUGAAUUAGAAAUUCUUAAUCAAACACUACGUCGAAUGCAGGAAGAGAGAAUUGAAAGAGAUAGUAGCCUGGAAGAUUUACGCAAUAAACGAAUGGCAAUAUGUGAAUGGGAGCACCAAAUUUCUGAAAUAAUCCAAUGGGUUACGGAUGAAAAGGAUGCCAGAAGUUAUUUGCAGGCGUUGGCAAGCAAAAUGACUGAAGAACUCGAAUACCUCAAGCACGCUGGUGCAAUUCAUCAGAAUACAAAUGACAAAAAUUGGCGCAAUAGAAGGUCACAGAAGCUGGAUAAGAUGGAAUUGCUCAAUUUGCAAAGUUCACUGCAGUGUGAGAUUCAGGCCAAAGCUGCUAUUUCUGAAGAGUUGAGUCGAACCCGAGCUGAUUGGAUCGCAGCCCAAAAGGAUCUAGAAGAAACACGCCAUCGACUCAGCUGCAUAGAGAAUGAACUUAAGAGGAAGGAUCGACUGCUGCAGGACAUCCAACAGAGGCCAGAAUUGGGCGGAGGAUUCCUAGAUCGUCAGUCCAUGCAAAUGGCCUAUUUGGAUCACUUUUUGAGGCAAUCAACCGAAAGCUCUACACCAAAUACUACAUCAACGCUCAUUUCAAAUAUGCAACAACAUCAAUCUACAACGUCAAUUCCUGCUGAUGGAAGCAUGAGCUCACUGAUGCUGAGCAAACAAAGUGGAGGAAAAGUGAAACAAGCCCAAUCGAUUUAUCGCAAUACCGAACCAACGUAUCUGAAUGAGACAAGUGAAAAUGCUCAGAGCUACGACAACCAAUCACACAGUCGCAAUAGCUCAAAGAGUGAUCUCAGUGAGAAUUCAACAAAUCAACACAGUGGAUACUUGAGUAGUGUCAGGACUACACCAUCAGCAAAGAUUCAUCAGUUCCUCGUUAGAACAUUCAGUAGUCCAACUAAAUGCAAUCACUGUACAUCUUUGAUGGUCGGAUUGACACGACAGGGUGUUGUGUGUGAGUUGUGCGGAUUCGCUUGUCACAUGGUAUGCUGCCAGAAGGUACCGAUUCAAUGUCCCGUGCCAACGGAUCAGACGAAACGUCCCCUCGGAAUUGAUCCUACACGAGGAAUUGGCACAGCUUAUGAGGGAUAUGUUAAGGUUCCCAAAACAGGAGUGGUUAAGAGGGGAUGGAUUCGUCAAUUUGUUGUCGUAUGUGAUUUUAAGCUCUUCCUCUAUGAUAUAUCAACCGACAAAAGUGCAUUACCAAGUGUCUACGUGUCUCAAGUUUUGGACAUGAGAGACCCAGAAUUUACGGUUACCGGCGUUCGCGAAAGUGACGUUAUUCAUGCAUCGAAACGAGAUGUUCCUUGUAUUUUUCGUAUAACGACUUCUCUUCUGGACGGUGGAUCUUCUUUGCAAACACUAAUGCUAGCUGAUUCGGAGUCAGAAAGGGCCAAAUGGGUGGUAGCCCUCAGUGAACUACAUCGUAUCCUUAAACGCAACAAUCUACCCAAUACGGCAAUCUUUCGUGUUCGUGAAGUGAUCGAUAGCUCUCUGACGCUCAUUCGCAAUGCCUUGAGUGCCGUAAUCAUAGAUCCAGAUCGAUUGCUUAUUGGUACAGAAGAUGGUCUCUUCUGUGUUGAUCUCGAUCGCAACGAAGUGGCACGCAUUGGAGAAUCCAAAAAGAUCAUCCAAUUGUGGUACAUUAUGGAAGAACAAAUAAUUGCAGUGUUGUGUGGGAAACAACGACAUAUGCGCCUCCUGCCAAUUCGUGGACUUGAAACACCCGAUGUAGAGUGGAUAAAAGUGGCAGAAUCGAAGAAUUGCAUCACAGCUUGUACGGGUUUACUGCGUCGCUUCUCACAGAAUGUCUACAGCAUUGUGAUUGCACUGAAGCGACAGAACAAUAUAUCCCAAAUAGUUGUUUACGAAGUGAACAGGAACAAAUGUCGACACCACAAAGUUUGUGAAUUUUCUGUGUCAUUUACCGUGCAGAGUCUGCAGAUUCUCACUGAUUCCCGUCUCGUUGUGGGUCAUCAAAGUGGAUUCACUGCCUAUUUGCUUCUUCAUGGAGACGCUCAAGCCAUGUCACUUGUUCAUCCGGAAAAUCAAAUUUGCGCUUUUCUCAAUUAUUCAGCUGUAGAUGCAUGUCGUGUCAUUGAAAUUCAGUCAAGUCAAGGAUCUCCUGGUGAAUUGCUUUUAGUGUUCCAAACUCUAGCAAUUUACGUAGAUCUCAAUGGAAGAAAAUCACGUGAUCGAGAGAUAAUGUAUCCUGCAGUUCCCACUCAUAUAACAUAUUCUGAUGGGCAUUUGCUACUUUUCUGCGAAACUCAUUUAGAUGUUUUCAAUUGUCAGACAGCCGAUUGGGUUCAAUCGAUUGGACUCAAGCGAUCUGUCCCAUUGAAUUGCUACGGAAAUAUUGCUCUCAGUUAUUUGGUAGAUUCUCCAAUUGUAAUUUAUUUGGCAAAUAUUCAUACAAGAGAAUUGAUCAAUAUCACAAAUACAGAUCCAGUGGGAAAAUUAAAGCCCAAAAGGCGAUUUUCUUUCAGAGAGGGCAAUCGAAAUGCCAGAACAACUGAUAGACGCUCAAAGAUGAUCUCGGCGCCGACCAAUUUCAAUCAUAUCUCUCACAUGGGGCCUGGAGAUGGGAUCCAGAAACAAAGACUGCUGGAUCUUCCAACAACAAUCGAAACUGCCGAUCAAACAAUUCAACAAAAGACUACCAAUAGAUCUGCUCCUCCACCUCCAACUUCCUCAAACAGUGCUUUGGCUUCACUUAGCGGUACAAAACGUUUGGCGCCACAAAAACCAAAGGAACAACCGCCCUCAAUUCCUGUCUCGCCGAGUCCUCUCGGGAGUAUGUCUUCUUUGCAUGACAUCCUUAAGGUGGUGGACAUGCAAUCAGCCCCGAGAAAAAGUGUCGCUAGCAACAAUUCUAGUUCCCUUUCGAGUCCUCCAUCUCUCAGUGGUGAUCACUCGAGUUACGAUUCAUAAUUCAACCCUCUUCUAUCCUUCUUUUACUAUAAAUCUAUAAUUAGAAAAAAAAAUGCAAUAGGAGAUUGCAAUGCAAAAAAAAUCUCUACUUACUCUCAAAGCGAAUAUCUUCUAAAAAAAAAUGAAAAGCAGCAACUAUUGUACUCCUACAAUUUUACUAUACUCGUAUAAGAAAUUUUAAGAAAAAAUAAUCUCACUAUGAUAUUAAAUUAAUUAUACACAAUACACGACAGUAUAUUAUUUAUUAUUUAAAAAUUAAUGGUGAAAACAGAAGAAAAAUCAAUAAAAAUUAAUAAUAAUUAAAUAACUGUUUUACAAUUCAUAUACUGAGUAUAUUAUAUUAUAUGGAAUAGUAUUCUAUUUAGAAAGUAUUACCAAAAGAACAAAAUACAAAACCAAUUAAGAAGAACUUUUUUGUACAAAACAAUAUUAACAUUCUACCGUUCAUGCGAAUUUAGCAAAAGAUUUCAUGAAGAAAAAAAGUAUGAAUGAAGAUUAGCUCUGUUGAAUAAAACAUUGCGUCUAACCAUACAAAA